GGUUUGAUGACCUACAUGCUUGUGCUGAUCCUGGAGCUCCUGAACAUGGAUACAAGACUCCCAGUGCAGGCGUUUUCUUUGAAAGUGUGGUAGUCCGGUUUCAUUGCCAAGAAGGAUACAGGCUUAAUGGUACUUCAAAAAAACUUUGUGUGAGACACUUUAAUGGCUCCCUGAGCUGGAAACCAAGUGAUAAACCUGUGUGCCUACAAGAAGUCACAGAUUGCCUUGUUCCACAUGUUGAAGAUGCAGAGAUUCAUAACAAGACAUACAGGACUGGCGAUAAGUUAAUAAUCAACUGUCAUGAAGGAUUCCAGAUCCGUUACCCUGACUUAGACAACAUGGUUUCAAUAUGUCAAGACGAUGGAACAUGGGAUAAUCUGCCCAUUUGUCAAGGUUGCCUGAGGCCAUUGGUUCUUCCUCAUAGUUACAUUAACAUAUCUGAGUUCGAGUCCUCCUUCCCCGUAGGAACAGUGGUGUAUUAUCAGUGCUUUCCUGGAUAUAAACUAGAAGGGGCAGAGUUCCUUGAGUGCAUGUAUAACCUUAUCUGGUCAGAUAGCCCACCUAGGUGCCUUGAUGUGGAAGUUUGCCCACUACCUCCAAUGGUGAGUCAUGGAGACUACAUCUGCCACCCACGGCCUUGUGAACGUUACAACCACGGGACGGUGGUGGAGUUUUACUGUGAUCCUGGUUAUACCCUCACCAAUGACUACAAGUACAUCACCUGCCAGUACGGAGAGUGGUUCCCCUCCUACCAAGUAUACUGUGUCAAAACAGAACAAACCUGGCCAAAUACACAGGAGACCCUCCUGACUACAUGGAAGAUAGUGGCGUUUACUGCUACUAGCGUUUUAUUAGUACUGCUACUGGUUAUUUUAGCCAGGAUGUUCCAGACCAAAUUUAAGACACAUUUCCUUCCAAGAGGCAACCAGGAAGGCUCCAUGGGUGACCCCGACUUUGUGGUGGUGGAUGGUGUUCCUGUCAUGUUGCCUUCCUAUGAUGAAGCUGUAAGCAGCGGCUUGAACGCUCUGGCACCCGGAUAUUCAGCUACCACAGACCAGGGGCAUAUUUUGCAGACAGAAGAUCAGAAUCCUCCUGCUUACCCUGGCCCCAGGAUUACAGACACACUGCCUAGCGAAUUUGAGACCUGUAACAGUAGGUCGGGCUCCUCUGAACUGCUCCAAACUUUGUACCCAACCCUGCCAUGUGAAGCGGCAGCGCUUCCAGGUUCAGAUCGAACUGACGUAUCCCAUAGCACUGCCGGCGAGGCCGCCUCCACGAGUCCACGGAUCGAUAUUGCAGAUGAGAUUCCUUUGAUGGAAGAAGACCCUUAACCUGCAUAGAAACGUGUCUUCAUCGCAUUGCACUGUUGGGUGACAUGAAUCAUGAGGAUUUAGAGAUAGAAAAGACUAUCUGUGGAUUUGGGGGGGGUGUUUUCCUACUUAUCAAUCUUCCACGCGAUGAUGUCACCAGAUUGGGUGUACGUCUUAAUCCACAGCAGGGAUAAGAGCAUCAGCAUUUGGAACAGCCGUAGUUUUAUGAAUGAAUCCUGGGGAUUUGAUGAGAGCAGAUGCAGAAAAAGAACUGUGGCUUUUUAGAAAUGAAAUGUAUAUCUGCAUCGCAGAAAGUCAUAUGGUUCUGUAAGAAAUGCUAUUGGAUUUUGAUACUAGCUGCCUCACAAAAGCAUGUGAAAGUAUGUAAAUUUGCUUAUAAAGACUGCUUUAAAUGAUCUAUGGACCUCUAGUUUAUGAAGAAUCCUUACAAGUUUAAAAAAAUACUAGUACUGAAAUGCAAAAAAAAAAAAGAGGAAAGAUCUUCUUUGGCUUUCCUAUGAUAAACAGGAAGCUUUUGAUUUAGUUCUUGGUGAUUUUGUUUCAGACCAUGUCUGGAGAAAAUAUGACAGAAAUGAUGGGAUUCCUAUAUACUUUGAUGUAUGAUAGCAAAUAUA